AUGGGAAAUCAGGAGGUUUAUUGUAAGUUUGGAGCAUUAAAGUUGUUGUAUAGACUCUAAAAGAUGUUUGAUGAUGUUCUUAUAAUUAUGAACGCUUUAUCUUGCCGUAGAACUUGAUAGAAACUAUCAAUGCUCAAAAAUUUUUAUGAGAGCUUUGAAAAGGCAGCCAAAAUAUUCAGCCAUCUUUGCUGACGAGAGUAUACGACUGUCAGAGAAAAAAGUUUUAGUCCUUUUAUCACUGCUCCAAUUUUUCAGAUCUCCACAAAUGGGUGAUGUUCACCUUUGAUUGCCUGGCCUUCUCUGUGAGCAUGACACUGUUAUAUCUAGUAAUUAAGAGGUCGAACAAGAUGCCAAACAUCCGGCCAAUCUUAAUGGCCGGCGCUGUCGUAGACUGCUUCUUCUCAUUGUUCAAUAUCGGAGCCAAUCAUGUAAGUAAUCACUUUUCUCAUUAUCCAUCCAAAGAUACCUUCAUUGGCGAUCUUAACUAUUUAAUAUUUUUAUGCUCUUUCCAGCUGUUCAUUGUCUCCGAGAAGUCGCUGCUUCUUAUAACUCAUCCAAUUUGGACCCCUUCUCAAGCCUUUUCAGAUGUUGUUCUCCUUAUUUCCGGUUUCUUUGUCGCUCUCAGCUGGCUGACCGUUCCUGUCCAAUACAAUUAUCGGUUAUAUAUAAUCAAGCAGUAAGUUUUUCCUUCCUUAAUUUAUCUUUGAAGCGGACAAACUCCUCCAUGGCACUUUUUAUUUAUCCAUGCAGCAAUCGCGCUGACAUUAAGCAGUAUUGGCUGCUCUUUAAUCCAUUGGGUGUAUUAUAUGAACAAGGACCCUGCGAAGCUGAAAAUGGUACUGGAUGAAAUGAACGUGACGAUCCCGGAGAAUUACACUUUUGGAAAUCAGUUUGUAAGUCCGCGUUAAAUAACACUACAGAUUUGUUAAAUUACACUUUCCUCUCCCAAAAAGUAAAUAAAAGCACGUUUCAUUAAUCCAUUCUCGUUACAUGUUCGUUGCCUACAGUUUGCAAAAGUUACAACCUUUAAAACCAUAAGAAAAUUUGAUUCCAGGAAAGCCGAGCAAUGCAGAUUUAUUUCUCAUACUUUGCUUUGAUGUCCACUCUGGCCAUAGUCAGCAUAAUCAUCGCUGAUCGAAAGAUUCGGAUGAGUUUGCGACAUAAGGAAAGCAUAAUGGGGAAGAAGACAAAGAAGUUACAGGCAGAACUCAGUAAAGCGUUGUUUGUUAUGGUGAGUCUACAUAAAAGAGCUUUCUCCGUAAACAAAGGAGGGCUCUCAAUAAAGAUAGCUUAAAUUUUACAAAUACGGCUUCUAAAUGCCAUAUAUGACUGAUAGCAAGAGAGUUUCUUCUUUACGGUAUUGUAGGAUUUUUCGAGCCCAUUGUUCGUAAAAAAAUUUGGAAACGCCAAAUCUAUUUAAUUACUCCUUAAAAUGUCAAAGAAAAUUAAAUCUCCGACGCCGAGGAGAGACAUUGUUGGCAUUGUAAUAAAGACAAGGUAAAACUUUAGCCCCAAUCUUGCGAAGGUUCUAUCUACUCUUCAGCAUCUGAACUUGGAUUAAUUUUAAUCCGUUUGCUUCAGGCGAUCUCCCCAGUUUUCUCCAGCUUCUCCCAAAUCGUCUACGUUUGCAUUGCGAUGAAUCGAAAAGGGGGCUCUCUGAUCCCAGACCUCAUAUCCUCAAUGUUGUCUGUUUCCGGCCCUCUGAUCAACAGUAUUACAACUAUCUAUUUCGUCCGCCCAUAUCGAGUAUUCUUCAUGCAAUUGGUCAAAGGAAGGUUUGACUCCUCUUCUAUUGAAGUUUAUGUCAACCAAACUCAUCCAGGCACAAUUACAAAUCGACCCCAUCUCAGUAGCGUAAUCAUGCGGACAUGGUCGGUGUCUAGUACCCAUUAG